AAAGUAUUUCUAGUUUUACUCUCUCUAUCUUUCGCUAAGAAGGAGAAUCCAAUAUGACGAUUGUAGAGAUGCACGUAAACAUCGACUGUCCUGGAUGCGAGAACAAAGUGAGGAAGGCGCUUGAAAAGCUUGAAGGGGUGCAAAACGUAGACAUAGAUCGCAACAUUCAAAAGGUAACGGUGGUCGGGUGGGCCGACCAGAAGAAGGUGCUGGAUGCGGCGAGGAGCACGGGCCGCAGGGCGGUACUGUGGCCGUACCCUUUCAACCCGGAGUAUCACUUCUACACCCAACGGUACUACCACCACCACCUACCGACUCAGGCUUACCGUAUCGCCUUCAACACCAACUCGAGCUCCUACAACUACCACGUACACGGCUACGACGAUUCCAACCUCUACGGUUACUACCAGGAGCCGGCCUACACCCACGUCGUCAGCGACGAGGCCCGGACCAUGUUCAGCGAUGAUAAUCCUGGUUCUUGUGCAAUUAUGUGAUGAUACCGAACAAACAAAUCUAGAGAUCGAUCAGCUUCCCUACGGAUGGUUAAGAUUUAGUCUAACCAUAUUGAUCAUACAUAUAUAGCGUUAGAAUCUUAAAGCAGUAUGAAUGGUGAAUUAGACGGUUUCACUGUAGUAAAGCUCCCUACAUAAUCUCAGUUCAACGGUGACACAACCUUUGUGUCUGAAUGGUUGUGUUGCAUGCUUAGCUAGGAGAAUUUGUCUUUUUGCUCUUUGGUCAAUGUGAGAACAUAAAAGGGGUGGUGUUUUAGGGACUAUGUUUAAAUGUUCUCAGGUAUAAUUGGACAAGAAGUGUGAAUGCAGAGGAAUCAUAAUAUAUAUAUUUGGCUAGUUGCUGCUCCAAAACCAUUUAAGAUGUAAGUUUUUCCUUCUGUGCGCGUGUGGAUAUGUAAAAACAGUUGCAGCAUAUGUAUAUCCUACACUUGCAGUGUAAAU